ACCUCCAAAAUUUUCCCCCAAAAUUAUUUCCCUCCAACUUUAACCUCUUUCCCUCGUUACUUUCUAAUCUGCCCAUAUUCCUCCCAAAAAAUUGCAAUUGUUUGUUUAAUGCUCUUAUGUCUCUUAUUCACAGUAGCGAAUUUUGUUGAAGGAGGCCAUCAAUUGUCACAGAAGAUUGGAAUUAGAAGAAAUCACAAUUUGGACUUGCAAAAACGACGAUUCAGACAUCUGAUUUCGGUAAUGGACAGAUCAUGGAUGUACCUUGCACCAAGUUCAAGUCAAACUUUUGUUAAUGGGGUGCAAACCUUCUUAAAUUUUGCAUUUGAGAGAGCAUGUGUCAAUGGGGGGUUGAUAAAGUGUCCAUGUACAAAUUGUCUAAAUAUGAAAUAUAAGAGUAGACAAACUGUUCUAGAUCACCUUAUAUGUUCAGGGUUUCGACCUGAAUACUUGAAAUGGGUAUAUCAUGGGGAAGGCACAACAGUUGCAUCAACGAGCACAACCCAUAAUGAGGAAGAACAGAUAUUACACCACGAAAUGCAUGAAAUGUUGGAUGAUAUAUUCGUAACAGAAGGUGGAAAUGGAGUCGAGAUGCAUGAGACUGCGUCAAGUAAUAGUGAGGAGACGAAUACCAGAAGAAGCACAUUUGAUGACCUUGUCAACGAAGCUGAAGAAAAGAGUUUCUAGAGGAUUUGUUACCGGAAGGAAAUUUGGUACCUAAAACAACACAUCAAGUGAAGAAAAUCAUGGCCAACUUGGGAUUAAGAUAUGAAAAAAUCCAUUCAUGUCCUAAUGGUUGCAUGUUGUUCUGGGAUGAUAAAGAGAAAGAUGAAGUUUGUUCUUUUUGUGGAUCUUCUAGAUGGAAAGUUUAUGAAGCUAGUCCAGAAGAUGAAGAGAGUCCUCCCAAGAAGAAGGCUUCAAAAAUAUUAAGGUGGUUUCCUUUAAAGCCUAGACUUCAAAGACUGUUUAUGUCAUCAAAGACAUCUAAUCUUAUGAAGUGGCAUCAUAUAGAACGUGUGAGAGAUGGAAAAUUGCGACAUCCAGCAGAUGCCCUAGUUUGGAAAGAUUUUGAUGAAAAGUUUCCUGAAUUUGCUAGUGAUCCCCGUAAUGUUCGUCUAGCUCUUUCAAGUGAUGGCUUCAACCCAUUUAGGAUGAAUGUGCCACAUAGUAUUUGGCCAGUUUUUCUGAUUCCUUACAUUUGCCACCAUGGUUAGUUAUGAAGCAACCAAAUUUUAUUCUUUCUUUAAUCAUCCCAGGUCCUAAAGGUCCAGGAAACAAGAUAGAUGUGUAUAUGCAACCUUUGAUAAAAGAAUUGAAGGAAUUAUGGGAGGAUGGAGUUUCUACAAUUGAUGCCUCAACGAAACAAUACUUCUAGUUGAAGGCAUCUAUUAUUUCUACUGUGACAACCCGGAACUUGAAAGGUAAUUAUUGAAGGAACUUGGGAACUUGCCGUCUGAUGCUGCUGGAGUGGUUAUGGUCAUGAUAAACAAUUAUUUUGAUUUGGUUUUGAUACAUUUACACACUUAUACAUUUAUGCUUCCGCUCAGUACUUGGGUUUUGGUUUAACUUUUCAAACGAUACAUUCUUUCAAUUGGGUAUUUUAGUACAUUAUAACUUAUGUUUGACAUGAUUGGUGGCUCUUUGUUGAAUCGUUACACCUCCAUUAGGGACACGCCCUAGGUGGUAAUUGGGGGUGUGACAUCUACCAUAUCCGACUUUCCAGGCUAUGCCAAUCUGUCCGGGUGGAGCACUAAGGGAGCACUUGCAUGUCCUGUAUGUGGUUUUGAUACUGAUUCCAAUUGGCUUAGUCACGGUAGAAAGUGGUGUUACAUGUGUCAUCGAAGGUGGCUUCCAUCUGACCAUCGUUGGCGUUCAGACACAAGAUCCUUUGUUGGACACCAUGAAUUCAGAGCUGCUCCUGUUUCUUCUUCUGGAGAGGAGAUUCUACAACAACUAGACAACACAGAAUUUCUUGUCGACAAUGAUGUUCAUGGUCCAUGGAAGAAGAAAAGUAUUUUUUUUAUGUUGCCAUAUUGGGAGCAUUUGUUGUUGCGCCACAAUCUUGAUGUUAUGCACAUUGAAAAGAAUGUUUGUGACAACAUAGUGGGGACUAUAUUGGGACAAGAAGGAAAGUCAAAAGAUAACUAUAAAACAAAACUUGACUUACAACAAAUGGGUAUAAGAAAGGAACUGCAUCCAAAGAAGCGGCCUAGAAGUAAUAUCACUUUCAUGCCAAAAGCUUGCUAUCAAAUGACUCGGGGUGAAAAGACUCAAUUUUUAAAAAUCCUCAAGUCAAUCAAACCUCCCGAUGAAUUUUCAUCUAAUAUCUCUCGAUGUGUACAGUUAAAUGAGCGCAAAUUAAUUGGGAUGAAAAGUUAUGAUUGUCACUUGUUGAUGCAAGAAUUUUUGCCGAUUGCAUUACGUGGAACUUUACCGGACCAUAGAAGAUAUUUCCUCCAUCAUUCUUUACUGUAAUGGUGCACUUGGUGAUCCAUUUAACGAGAGAGGUUAGGCUUGGAGGUCCUGUUGCAUUUCGGUGGAUGUACCCUAUUGAAAGGUAAAUACCAUUUCUAUAUAUCUUAUGCAUUACUUGUAACUAUGACAUGAACAGGGACCUUUUGAAACUCAAGUCUUACGUACAUAAUAGAGCUCAUCCGGAAGGAUCAGUUGCUGAAGGUUAUUUAGCUGAGGAAAGUAUAACAUUUUGCUCCAGAUAUCUAUCAAAAGUAGAAACCGUCUUCACUAGAGCAGUUAGGAAUGAUGAUGAGGGUCACCAAAAUCACAUUGAAGAAUCCAACAAUCAUUGCCCGGGUCGUGCCAUAGGUCAUAAAUUGCAUUCGGGAGUAUCUAUUCGCAAAAGAAGGAGAUCUUCAAAGUCAGACAUUGAUGAGAAGUCUCUCACUCAGGCACAUCGUUACGUAUUGUUCAAUGUUGAGUCUGUUACACCUUUUCGAGAGGGAUAUAGAAGUAGAUGAUGUUGAUCAACAUGAGAUACAGAUGGCAGAUCAUGACUAUUCUAAUGAUGAAGACAGUAUUCAUGAACAAAUACAAGGCCUUGAAAAACAAAAGGCAACAAGUUCUAAUGUAAAAGGUAAUAGUAUAAGUAGGCGUAAGAGGCUACAUAUCACAUCUACCAUCUCAACUGAGCGUGUUGAAGACCAUGUUGACGACGACCAAGUUGAAGACCACCAAGUUUUUGAAACUCAAGGUCAUCAAGCUAGUGAAAUACAAGGUGCUCCUAAAAGGGUUCGAGGCUAUACAACAAAAGCUGAAAUUUGGAAGAUGGAUAGUACAAAAAGAAUAGCUGUCACAUUCAACAAGUCUGGAAAGCCUGUUGGGGCUGAAGCUAAUGAACUUGCUCAAUUCCUUGGGACGCUCGCAAGGAUGGCUGAUCAUGUAUCCAUAGAAUAUUCUGACUGGAGGAAAGUUCCAAUACAAAAAAAAGAGGACAUGUAUUCACUCGUUAAGAGUACAUGCGAUGUUAAAAGAAUGAGCCGCUCAAAGAUGAAGGAGCCUCAUGUUAGUGGGACAAAGUCGUUUGCUAGACUUGCUCAUGAAAUGGCAACGAAGAAUAAUGGUAUACAUCCAACACGAGGAGAAAUGUAUAUAAAAACUCGCACUCGUAAAGAUGGAAGCAUUGUUGAUGAUAAUGCUACUCAAGUUGUGGCUUCAUUAAAAAAAAUUACAAAUGACUCUACAACCACACCCGAGGAUCCAACUGAUUUUACAAACGAUGACUACUCAAAAGUUAAAGGCCCGGAGAAAAGAGGAUAUGUUCGAUUAGUUGGAAGGAUGCCAGCCGCAAAAAGUAACACGACAUAUUCACAAACUAAUGAUCAGCUAAAGAGUGUUAUCCAAACUAAUGAUCAACUAAAGAGUGUUGUCAAUGCUAUGGCUAUCAUUAUCCAAGAACAUAUCCCCAAUGCAAAUUUAUCUUCGGUUCUUAGCAGUAUAAACAUGCAGGUCCCUGGUACUGGGUCUUUGGUCCAUAACAACUCUUUAUCAUCUUCAAGAAGUCAAUAUGAUAAUGGGCAAGAAAGUCGUUCGGACAAUUGAUCUUAAAGUUUUGUUCACAUUGCAAUUAAGGGUAGAUAUCAUGAGAAGCUUUGGAGCUAAGUUUUAUGAUACUGGAAUUUUCACCCGGAAGAACGUUUAGACUUCUUGUUUAAAUAAUUGGAAUUUGGAAUAUGUUAAUUAUUCAGGAUGUUUUCCUAACAUUUGAAAUAUGUUUUGGAUCGAAUUUAUUAUUGAAGU